UGUAUUUGAUAUUACAAUAUGUCAUGCACUUCAUUACAUUUAGGUGCCUCCGAACUGGUGCGCAAACAAGGCCGAGUGCUGGUCUAUGAUGGUGGACAAGUGGAUCAGCGAGGAUUGGGCCUGCCAGCACGCCUUAUGCCGGGAGCGCCGCUUGAUGAUGCCGGGUCCGGCACAUCAUCAAGGGAGCCUUAGCCUCGGCGAGUACAAGAAUACUUGGUCGGAGUCUCGUCCAGGCCAGUCUUGCAAAGACUUCACGGCGUACGCCAUGUCUCACAUGGGCAGGGCGACGUCGGACGUGGCCUACAACCCGGCGGCUCCACCAGAGGCCUACACAAACCCAAGCAUCCACGCGCGCAUCAAUGCAUACACGGAGGUGGGAAGGGCGCUCCACGGGGAGACUUGGGAUCCGACCACCGCGCCACUCUCCGGAGAAGCCAUCAUGAGGGCGGGACAAGGGAAGAAGCACGGGCGGUACUUGAUCGCCAACAGCUUGGUCGACACGGUGAGUACGCCCAGUCUCUCGCAGCUUAGGGCAAGUACCACCAACUCGACCCCGCCCAUACGCCCACGGCCUGAGACUUCAGUGGCCAGCGUGCACCAGAGACAGAAUCAGUCGUGGAACGCAUCGAACGACCCUCCUCUGGACCAGAACUCGCCGGCGACUCCGUGGCAAUCUUGCCCCCCCCCCACCUGA